AUGAAACCUAGGCGAAUCUUCAGACGGAUUCCUCCUCCCUGGCAUAUUGUCAGUAAAAACAUUUAUUUAAGUAAAAAAUUGAAAAAUAAUAACACUUCUAUCGGCUCUAAUCCCACUGCUAUCAACGAUUUUGACGAUGUUAUUCAUUCAUUCAAUUCAAUAACUAAACAAAUCCCUGAUCAAGAUACAUCCAUCUGUUCAACAAUAAAAUUGGGAGGAAUAUCCUUGAAAAAUGCUGAAAUAACUGCUAAUUUAGACAUCCAUUUGAUGGUUACCAAACUUUCCACUAGUCUACAACACAUAGGCUAUUUUCCUAGUAGUCAUAGGUACAAGAAGGAUUUUAUCAAUUUACUGGAACAAUUACCGCGCAUACUUGCUUUUGUAACCCCUAUCGAAUUAUUAAAGUUAGUUAUUUCAAUUGACCAAUCUCACAUAAAAUUACAUUGUAAUGACACAAUCAUUUCAUUAUUUAAUCAGUUAUCAAAUCAUCUAGAAUCUGUAAUCAAUGAACAUAAUUUGGUUUUGCUUAUUCAAUCAUAUUUAAACCUAAAUAAUCAUUGCAUUGAAGACAUAUUAUCCACUCCAUUUUAUCAACAGUUGAUCGAAUUAUUAACUUCAAAAAUAUAUAUAUCAGAAUGUGACUUGUUUAAACUAGUAAUAGUAUAUCACAAGCAUGCAUUAUUUGACGAAAGGCUGUUCAAUUACAUUGUCGAGCGAAUUAGCGAUAAUUUUACUAUGUUUGACCAGGAUCAAAUUGGAAAUUUGGCACGAUGGUUGGUUAAGUGUCUGGGUUAUGAUAUAAAUGACCACUAUGCAACUGUCCAUGGUACUUGUUGGAGCAAAGAUCAUAUAAAUUUGUUAACCCAUAAAAUUGAAUCCAAUGGAGUUGGUGAUAGAUGUAAAAUGAAAUUGUUGAAAGUACUUGAGCACAAGUCUCUAGGGAUGAGACCAGUAAAAUAUAUUGAUAAAGGUACUUACUCGCAUAAUAACAACAAACCAUUGAAACGGCUAAAAUAUUUUAGUCUAAGAAAUUCAAAACUUGUGCGUAUAUUAUCUGAAAAUUUACCAUAUUAUUUACAUGAAUACCGUUAUUACAAUUUGGUAGAUAUUGCUGAAAUGUAUUACAUGUUCGAUAUCAAAGAUACUGACCUUAUCAGGAGAUUUGGCUUGGAAAUUUGGAAGCAUGUACCAAGGAUGAAAUAUGGGUACCAAAUAAAAGCACUAAUUACAUUUGCAUUCUUAGAUACCUGCGAAAACACUAGUUUUAAAUGGAUGAUGAGGAAUAUACCGCAGACUUUGACCUUCAAUUGGGAGCCUGAAAUGAUAUGUGAUUGUAUUAUUGCCCUUGAAAGGAUUACUAUUAGAAAAAUGGCUUUGUUUGACCGUCUAAGUAUUUACCUCCAAAAGAAUUUGCCCUGCCUUAAAAAGUCGCAGCUCCUGGUACAAGCAUCAAGCUCAUUGGCCAAAGUAAAUUCUCCACAGCCGUCACUAUUGCAUCAAAUAGCGCGGUUGGUUGAAAUUGAACCCAAGUGGAUGAAUUUGCAGCAAUUAAUCUCGAUUUCCAGCGAUUGUAUGGCAUUGCAAAUAAAAAUACCGCUGUUGUUUGAUAGCAUUCUUAAUGGAAAUAGAGUUAAUCAGAUAUCAGAAUGUAAUCCAAGGUUCUUGACUUUAAUCCCACAAAUCUAUCUAUUUCACAAAUGUGGUAAUGAAAGUUUUAUUAUAGAAGACAAUUGUAAAGUAUUUGACAAUGAAAUAGUAAAAGAAGCGCUUAAAAAAAUUGUCAAUGACCCAAACAUGCUUGUGAAGAUCCAUUUUACUGAUGUGCUGAAAUUUUUGCAAUCUCUUGCCAAUCUAUCAAUUACACUGCCACAAUCACAACAGAUGAUAUAUGAUAUAUUGAUUAAUAAUAAAAUUUAUUUGGAGUCUAAACACUUGCCAGUGAUUGUGUCAAUUGUUGCUAACACAUUAACACAUACUAUGGAUAAUCAACAAAAUAAGUUAGUGGGGAUUUUGGAAGAUAUAAUAAUGGAGCACUGUAAGAAUUUAACGCCAGAUGAGUCAAUACCAUGUUUAUGGUAUUCUCAUUGUAUAGGUUUUACGCCUGAUUCACAAGUAAUUAGCAGCCUUUGCCAAAAAAUCAUAACACAUAAUACUGCAAUUAGGAAUGAUUAUCAUAAGCAUCUAAUUAAGGUCAUAGCUUGCUGGAUUCGAUGUGAAGUAACUGCUAAUAAUACUCUGCCUUUAUCUCAUCCAAUUUUACAAUUUUUGAAGCGAUCAGAUGACUUGCCAGAUCUAUCAUAUAUAGUGGACCCAGUAUCUAUGGCCAAGAUUAAGAAUGCACAUGAAAUGCUCGGCGUAGAGUACAAGAUACUUGUGAGGGAACCUCCAUUCACUAUACAUAUUGGUAAAAUAGAUACUGAAGGCUUACGGCAGGGGAUAUUUGUAGAGGAUGACAUAUACAUUCAAAAGUUAUUAGUGAUUGAUGAUGUUGUAAAAUUUGAGACAGCUCAUUUGAAACCUUAUUAUCGCACUAGGGCUUGGUAUUUGGGGAAGAGGAACUGGGAUAUAGUGUACAUGGGCACCAUAACCUAA